AAUCAUACACAAAUCAACCAUCCUUUAGAGUACAAACAACCAGCUUCUCAAGCCUAGAGCUGUUUUCUUCUCAAAUCAAUUAGUUAUCAUCCAUCGAAGAAGGAUAUUUUCCUCACCACACACCAACGUCAGCACCAUCGACUGCAACAACCACCAGUGUGUUCUUUUCCAGUGUUCUAGCCACAAACAGAAACCAAUAGCAAUCAUGAAGGUCUUCGCCGUCGUCGCAUUCGUCUCGCUGGCCGCUCUGGUCGCAGCCGAGCCACCGUCGCCAUACAGCAACUACCAACAGGGCGGUUCCAAUGGGAAUAACGGUUACAACUAUAACGCAAACAGCAACGGCUAUCCAUCUGCCCCAUCCGCCCAGUACGGAGCCCCAACGGGAGCUGGGGCUGGCGGUGCCGCCGGUUACAACUAUGCCGAUGCUAACGCCAACGCUGAACCCGCCAAGUACAACUUCGAGUACAACGUUCAGGACUUCCAAUCAGGCAACGAUUUCGGACACAUGGAAUCUCGCGAUGGAGACCGCACCGUUGGCCGCUACUACGUCCUGCUUCCCGAUGGCCGCAAGCAAGUUGUGAACUACGAAGCCGACCAGAACGGAUACCGCCCAACCAUCUCCUACGAAGACACCGGUGCCGCUGCCGGAGGAUACCCAAACAGCCAGGGCCAGCAGGGUGGAUUCCAGGGAUACUAAGGUAAUGCGCCGACGAAAGAUCGAAUCGAUUGACAAGCACUCACAAAACCCACUCAAGUUAUUAGGAACGAAUUUAAACUCUAGUUAAUUUUUUAUAGUGAAUUAUACUCACUCUUCCUACAUUAAUUUCAAUCUUUACUACCAGCCUACCGGCUGGUAGUUGGCCAGUAUUUGCAAACUUCCUUACAAAUUUCCUAAACAAAAAAACUAUUUUACUUCAUAAGUAGUUUAGACACCACUGCUCCAUCUGUGAGCAAGCACCAAAACUUCAUCCAAAACAAAAAAAAAACAAUUUUGACCAAUGGCAUCGAACACUGGAAGAACGAUUUCAAAACGAACACAAACGUAUUAAAAAUUAUACAAAUUUUUAUUUGCUUAUUAUGAAAUAAGAAAAUGCGAACUGCUUUUAUAAGAAUCAUCUUCGCGAUGCGCAACCACGCUUCCG